GACCAUUAGUGCCAACGCAACAUGCAGGUGGGUUACAAGCUGCGCCGGAUGCCACAGCAGCGUCCGCUGGUCCGCCAUCUGAUGCGCAUCAUCCUGGAGCUUCUGCAGAGUACGCAGCGUCCGAUGCGCGACACGGAAAUCAUCUCAACGCUGGCCACACGUCUGCGACGCAGCGAUCCGGAAUUCCAGCGCCAGGUGGUACUCAAUCUCCAGGAUGCGGUCAGCUAUGGCAUAAUAAAGCGUCAGCUGAACGUCUACUCCCUGCGCCCCAAGCAGCUGUCGCUGAUCGUGCAGAGCAUAGCGCCACACCGCAGUCAACGCUAAG